AUGGCACUUAAGCUAUCAGCACUGGUAAACUUAUCCUGCUCAUUGCUUUGGAUAUUUCAAUCAGCUGAAGGUCGCUUUAUUCAAAACAAUGAACAAUCACCAAAACGAGCAAUUGACAUUAAAUCACUUUCAAAUUUAAACAUAACCGAUGCUAGAAGUUUGGAUGUUCAAAAAUUAAAUAAGCUUAUUUCGCUUAUCGAUAAAACAUGGAUUUUACCUCAUCCUGGUGCUCAUCAACCUAUUGGUUCUAACUUUAAGAACAAAAAAACAUGUGCAAAUAUUUAUCAAACCCAAGAAAAUGCUUGCCAAGAAAUCGGCUUUGGUACAAUAUGUUUCAAUUAUUGCUUCGAGCAAGGUGAAGCAUUGAAAUUUCGAUGUCAGAAUGUAGCCGAUUCAAUAUAUUGCAAAAAUAAUUCGGCAUUUGAUUCAUUCCUCAUGCAGUAUCAAAAUAAUCCUCACAAAGCUAAAAGCUAUAUUCGUCAGAUAAUUUCACGAUGCUAUGCAACAGCAGUAUGUGACACACAAUAUGGAAUUUUAAAUACAACAAUUAUUGAUGGAAACAGCGAGGAAUGGGGAAGUGAUAAUGUAGCACCAAGCUUAAACCUAAUCACCAAUAAUAGUAAUCAGCAAAUUGUUCAACAACGACUGUCACAAAUACAACCAAUAAGGCCAAUACCAAUAUGGCAGUUACUUCUACUACGACAUAGAAUGACUACGGCCGCCAAACCAUUCCCGAUCGUAAAAGCAAUGGAAAAUAACGAGCUAAUUGAAGCUUCGAGUGAAAAGAGUUUAGAAAAAUUUGGAAAUACUGAGAUAAUGGAAGAAAACAAUUCUGAGGAUAUAAAUAUAAAAAAUAGUUCGGAAUUUACGCGAGAAGUAACAACAUCAACGAAACAAACUGCCUCAAGAAGGGAUCAAAAUGAAAAGCAAGCAACAGAAAAAUUGUUGUGGUUGUGUAAAGUGUUGCAACAAAUGAAAAGAAACGAAAUUUGCUGA